AUGGAGAGUACCUGCGUGCUCAAGAAGAAGCUGUGCGACGGCAAGUUCGACUGCAAGGACCGCUCGGACGAGGGAGACUGCACCCGGUGCAUGCCGCCCCUCCUCAAGUGCACGACGGGAAAGCGCUGCAUAGGGGAAGCCGCGGUGUGUAACGGCGUCGCGGACUGCGAGGACAACUCGGACGAGGAGAACUGCCGACGUCGGCAAUCCCUCCUGGCCGGAAAGGAAGGGACGAUGGAAGAGGCAGAGGACUGCAGAAGCCGCGAGUUCGCGUGCAAGACGACGGGCGAAUGCAUACCCAUGCGAUGGCUCUGCGACGGCAGCGAGGACUGCGAAGACGGGUCGGACGAAGAAAUGUGCCUUGCGCAGUUUGACGCCUUGACGCUGAAAGGUCUUCUCUCAUCAGUGCCGAAACAGACUCGUGCCAACAGUUUGUAG